UGAAAAAAAAAAAUCGUUUCGAAGAAGAAGACUCGGAUGUGAUUCCACGAGUUUGUCAAAACGGCUAAAAAGUUCGACAAAAUAUAAGCCGUCAUCCCACCGUCGUCCAACGUGCGUAGGUACGCUUGAUUGUUUACACAAUCUAGUAUAUAAGAAGAGUUUGAGAGUUUGACAAUCUCAGUUCACGAUCUCACGCCAAUCGGUAACAUCACUUUAACGAAAUUGUUCCUUUUGGUCAAUUAAUUAUAAUUUCUAAUCUAAUUCAGUGAGUUCGUAUCGUAACUUGUAAGAAAAGUUUCUAAAAGUCUAAUCUAAAUUUCUACAAAUUUCAAUCGCAAAGAUGUUCGCUUCGCGUAGUUAUCUGUUGAUCUCGAUACUCGCUGUUGCAUCUGGUGCACCUAAAACACGAUUCACCAAAUCGAGCACACCAACUUGGUAUUUGCCAUGUGGCGAGAAUCUAGAAAUCGAUAUGAACAGCGAAGAAGAAGCUAACGCGAAUAUAGACGUAAAACCUUAUAUACAGAAGAUUCAGAUUCAGCAUAAAUUGACUCUGAACGAAUAUUUACGUCAAGACUACGAGUACUUGUAUGAAAAGGUACGAAUCGGUGUUAACGAACAUCAAUAUAUUCCGAACUGGGUUCCUGGCAAGAAAGACGUGAACGCAAUCAGAAGGAUCAAGCCCAUCUUAAACUCACAAACGAUCGUGAAUCACUUUCCAAAGUUACACAUCGAUCUUCAGAAGUUUGCAAUAGCUUUCGAGGAAUUGGUGGAAGACGAGACGAAUCCGAAAAUUUAUAAAGCUCUUCGCGCAACGCAGAUCGCCAUAAAGACUAUGCUAUGCGAAGUAGAAAUCACUAUCAUGGAUCUGCCAUAUCUUCAGAUUCCAUCGCGAGUGGAAAGGAGUAUCAUGAGCAACACGGAAAGAGAGCCCGUGGACGAAACUAGAAGACUUGUUCGUGACUGGGGUAUACUUCUCAAAUACAGAGAUUAUCUUCAUGCCUGGAAGCACAUUUUGGAUUAUUGACUAGCGCCAGAAGAAACGUUCGAUAAUAUUAUACGGUAUUCGAAUCCUAUCGCAAAAAUGUCGAUGUUAUUACAUUUGUGACAAUACAGUAUCGAGAAAAACAAUACGAUGAUUGCAACAAAAUUGAUCGAGAAUGUACGACACUUCUCGAGUGACGAUCAAUGAAGAGAAACCAAAUCGUGUCACAAUAUAUGCAUGGUUGGACAUUAUCAAUGGAUACAAUUGUGAUAACAGAAAUUAGAGAUCGUUGCGAAAUGUCUGUACUCAAAUGGCAUCGCAUUAUUUAAUUUAUUUAUUCGUGAAUUUAUUUAUUACGAUCAUUGUGCAUUAGCGUUAGUAUUUAUUAUUUAUUAACGGAAUUAUUUAUUUGUAAUAUUUAUUGAUAUCAAUUGUACCUUUCAAGCUACCUGUUUAAAGACGAUUUGACAACUUGUGAUAAUUAUUUAUUUAAGGAAAUCAUUAUAUUUUCUUGAUAAAUGACUACUGUUAAUAGAUGAGAUUAUUAGACAUCGGUGAAGGACAAUAAUUGAUUUUUAUAUUGUUCAAUAUUAUCGACUAAAUAUCGUA